AUGUCGGAGGACUCGCGAUCCAACAAGCAGACGGCCAGGAAGAUCUAUUAUGUCGCCAAUCCAGGCUCAGGAGACUCCGACGAUGCAAAGGACGACACUCGCCCCCGCACCCAUACUAAUGGCUAUUCCAACAAAAGACCCCAGGUCUCUACAGUUUCCAACUACCACAGGCCUACCCCUUCUCAGCCCACCCUCCUGGCCACAGACCCUUCAGUAACGAAUUCUAGAUAUCCUCUACCCCAGCCUCCCCUGUCCCCUGACAGCACAGAUUCUCCUUCUCCCCCGCCCCCAAGUACCCCCAGUCAGCAUGCACACUCCUAUUCCGCCGAUCUCCACCUAAAGGUCGACCCCCCAUCAAAAGCCCUCCCUCAAUCAGAAUCCUACCCAUCUUACCAAGACUAUCGGGCACUCAACGAUGUUCAACCCCACGUUUCUAGUUUCAUCUCUCCUUCGCGGACUUCCUCUGCCUCAACACCCUCGGCCAGUAAGGGGUCCAAGCUGCUCAAGCACCUCAAAGCACCGUUCGGUGGUCGCCCACGGCCACCGGCAGGCGAGCAGUCUCGGAGGCCAUACACAUCUCCGACCGUCACAACUCCGGAAUCAUUCACAUCGUCAUCCAGCAUGGCCUCCUCGUCUGUAUCUGAAAGAGUCAUUUUUGUGACCUCUGAUUCAGAGCGCUAUGUUACCGUGGAUAUCAGCAGCGCGAGGAGCGCCAGCCAGAUAAGAGAGCUCAUUUUAAACAAGUUGGGCAUCUUCAAUGAGGACGAGCUGUAUCCAUACUCUAUCUAUCGAACAGAAAUUGGGGAGAGUCAGUCCGGGGAGGCAUUGACCAACGACCGUCUUAUGGCCAUGUGUCGCGAUCAUGGCGAUUCCAAAGGGACCCUCAAGUUUUUCGUUACCCAGUCGACUGCACCACCUCAAGGACCGUCGCCUAUUCAACUCCCAGAUUACUCAAGUCCCCCUGUCUUACCCCCCUUGGCUAACACGACCCCCCUGCAAAUAAAACGACGCUCAAGGUCCAGGAAUGGGAGUUUUUCCUCUGCGAGCGAAAAUAUCCCCCUGGAAAUUGGGUAUGAGGCCGAUCUUGACUACCCGGAACACGAUGUCAGCAGACCUCUAGCUCGCACAACCCACUCCCAACCUUCAGCUUCGUCGUCACAAACUGCACUUCCUUCUCCGCAUAGAAGGCCUAGCCUUGCUAAUCAAGCACGACCAUCUUCUCCUCUUCUGCACUCGUCUGGGGCCAAGCCUCAGAAGAACGAAGAAAAGUAUGGCCAUGCUCUGCCUCCAUUACCUACUCCGCCACCUCCUCUAUCACCUGUUCGUCCAUCGUUUCUCAGCAAUGAAGAAUCUUCCUCGUUAGGUAUUCCACAACGACAUCAUCAUGCAAGGUCAACGUCAGACGCAGGUUCCCACCAGGAUUCCGCAGUGAAGGCAACAGAACACCAUCCAGAAACAGCUGGUCAACUUUACAGUCGAGGAUUGGGAAAGCUAAAACCUGAGCCACCCCGUGAAAGCACGAGGGAGCGAUUAACAAAGCAUGCACAUGACGACGAGGAUCAGCCUUGGGACAUCAUUCUACCCCCUCCUCAGCGCGAUGAGCAAGAGCGAGUGUCCCCGAGCCUCACACGUGGGUCACGACAACCGAGUUAUUCUUCACAGUAUCGACCCUCCUCACCGUAUACACCAAGACACCCUGUAUACAAUUCUUCCAGGCCAAGUCAGCCCUCUGUCCCAUUACCUCUUCAGACGCAACGACCUUCCUCUCAACCACGACCUCCAGCAAAUGUUCCCAUUCCUGGAAGUGUCUUUGUCAACUGGAAGGGUGAGGAAGGCGGUAGUAGUCGGAAACCGACGCCACCAUCGUCCAAUUAUUCUUCUACUAGGCUUGGGAAGUCUAUGACGAAGAGUAUGAAUGAUUUGAAGUUUGCUGCAAGUCAUGCCUCCUCAUCGCAGAGUCGCCGAAAUUUGCCAUCGGUAUCUCAGUUACCCAUGACUCGUCAGAGUAACAUUGCUCGUGUCAAUGAAUCACCAUACUCUCCCAGCAAUCUCCCAGCAAGCAAUAUGUCUCUCAAUGUGUCAGCCAAAUCCUACGAACCGCCCCGAAGUUUUUCAAGACCCCUUCCUGUCCAUGGAACUGCCGAUUUUCAUCAUAGCUCGUCGUCUUCGUAUCUCAGUCGCGGUGGCGGUUACUCUUCUAAUCUUUCAACGACUAACAACGACCCGUACCCAAGGCCACAAUCAGCAUCUGGUGAUCCGGUUACGUCUCCGACUCGAGGCUAUACUCGGUUGCAGUCUCCUGUGUAUGGGUCGACGUUGGAAUCUGGAGAAAGCAAUCAAUCACCCCGCACAAUUUCCCCCAACAGGCCCUAUCACUCUCCAGGUAUCCCUGGACCUCGUCCAAGGCCAACUACCUCGAGCGAUCGCUCAGGUUCAUCUGACAUUCAAAGUGGACCUGAGACUUCAAAUACUACCCCUCCUCGAACACCUAUUAGUCCUCACAGUCCUCGAUACGAUCCUUCUGAGAGGAAUGGUCUUGUUGAGGAACAAUCCCCACCUUCUUCUCCCGACGACAUUGUCAUCAAGAGCACUGAAUCAACACUCAAGCAAAAGGAUCAGAUGAACCUUUUGGAUAUGUUGCACGGAUCGUAUUCUCAGCCCACCCGGCAGAUAUCACCCCCUCCUCCUCCUUUGGAGAGCAAAUCUUCUUACGCCCCUGACGAUGGUGAUGAUGACGACGAUUUUGAUAAUGAAGGUGGUACGUGGAUUGUGCGACCUGAGGCACCCAAGUCAGCUGCACGGCCACCUCUGACAGUACAAAUCGAGUCCUCGAGCAGCAGCAGCAGCAGCAGUCGACCAACGGAGAAUGGCACUCACCAUUCUAAUCGCCCAGAUGGUUCGGCAAAGGAUACCCACCCUCCGAGUAGCUACCGGCCACUUCCUUAUACCUCAGUCAACCCGGUAUCACGGCGACCAGAGAGUACGUUUGUCGACCCUGAAGGUGACAAUUGGGCACCUCGUCCUCCACCUGAAAAUAUCUACGAGCAUCUCGAAAAGUUCUUCCCAACGCAUGACCUUGAUAAGCCAGUCAUCGAAGCGACGUCGGGCGACACAUCACCGACGAAUGCAGAGCCGGCAGCGGCUUUGCCUCCACCAGUCCAGAUCGAUGAACGGGCGAAGAUCAGGGCGAAGAAAUCUAUUCGUAUCGUUGCUCAGGAGCACAAAAAACGAAUUGAUCGCACUUCGAGAGCUACAGAUACUUCUCGUGUUGACAACAUGAUGCGCAAGCGAAGUACAAAGCUCUGGGGUAGUAAGUUGGAGGAGGUGACUACAGCACAGGGACGCAGUGUGAACACCAACAGUAUACCCGAAUCUCCUUCUGGUGGACCCACUACAUUCAAGUGGGUACGAGGUGAAUUGAUUGGAAAGGGUACUUAUGGCCGUGUCUACCUGGCUCUGAACGCCACGACUGGAGAAAUGAUUGCAGUAAAGCAAGUUGAACUGCCUCAAACGCCCAGCGACAAAAACGAUUCGCGUCACCACACAGUUGUUCAGGCAUUGAAGAUGGAGAGUGAGACGCUUCGAGACCUCGAUCACCCUAACAUUGUUCAGUAUCUCGGGUUUGAGGAAACCCCGGCCAACUUGAGCAUCUUCCUUGAAUAUGUCCCUGGUGGAUCUGUUGGAAGUUGUUUGCACAAACACGGAAAAUUCGACGACAACGUUACGAGAUCCUUUACGGCGCAGAUAUUGAGUGGUCUUGAGUAUCUCCAUUCCAAAGGCAUUCUUCAUCGAGAUAUGAAGGCCGACAAUAUCCUAGUCGAGAUGUCGGGAAUCUGCAAAAUCUCCGACUUCGGAAUCUCCAAACGAACCGAAGAUCUUCAGGGCGGCGCGUUUACAGCUAUGAAAGGGACUGUAUUCUGGAUGGCUCCGGAAGUUAUUAACACGAACAAGAAGGGAUAUAACUUUAAGGUUGAUAUCUGGAGUGUAGGCUGUGUGGUGUUGGAAAUGUGGGCAGGAUCAAGGCCAUGGAUGGGUGAGGAGAUGAUCGCAGUCAUGUUCAAGCUCUAUCAAUCCAAGCAACCACCUCCAGUCCCUGAGGAUGUGGUCCUGUCAGAAGAAGCAGAUGAUUUCAGAAGAAAAUGCUUCGCCAUAAAUCCCGAGGAGAGGCCGACUGCGGCUGAGCUUCGAAAACACCCUUAUCUCAUUCUCCCACCUGGUUGGGUUUUCACUGGAUUUACUUAA